AAAUACAGUGGGCGUUUUCUCAUCACGCACAUAAGAAAAGGGGUUUCACUUUCCAGAACACUCAAAACCUUACUCACCCUCCUUCAUGUGUUUCGAUGGCGACUGAAUUUUCUCCUAGAGAUACCACUGAAUCAAACCAUGACUUACCUUCUCCAUCAGAAUUUCUAUAUUCCAGUCGCCGUUGUUGUUUCUGCAUACCCUACCAGUGGCAGAAAGUACGUUCGUCGUCUCCGGAGUACAAUUCUGAAAGAAGUCUAUGGUCACGAGGGAUCGACGCCUUGAUGAAGAUUCGGGAGUGGUCAGAGAUCGUUGCAGGUCCAAGAUGGAAGACAUUCAUACGCCGGUUUAAUCGUAACAAAAGUUUUGGUCGACAAUCCCCCAAGUUUCAGUACGAUCCUCUAGAUUAUGCGCUGAAUUUCGACGAAGGAGCGUUGGAUAACGGAGAUUCUGAAAUGGAGAACGAGUAUAUGGUCCGCAACUUCUCUUCAAGUACGUGUGGAUGGGGCCUGUUUGUGAAUAGAGUAAACGCGCGGGGACAGUGAAAGGUGUAAGAUUACGUGAACGGCUGUACUUCAUAGGUGUUCUUGAAUUAAAAAUUUGUUUUUAUGAUUAAUCCUCCAUGGCUAUGGCUCCUUCUAUAGGCUUCUACACUUUUCCAUUACGUUUCUUCUCCUUUGUUAGAAAUCAUUUGCCGAUAUCUGUAGUUAAUCUUUGUAUGUAUUUUAGGCGAUUUCUGUAAACUUGAAGUAUGUUCGUUUUCAAUAUAAUGAAUAAAUGUACAAAUCCUGUAUGGCUUUCUAUU